ACCAACACCAAUUCGAGCAGCAACAACAACAACAUAAAUUGCAGGUUGCACGUUUUGAACGAAAAAUGUGGGCGCCUUGAUAACAAAGUAACAACGACGUGAAUUCAUACAUAAUAUAUAAGUAAAAAAAUCUUGUCAACAACCGAAGGGGGGCAAAAACAAAAUUAUACAAUUGGCAAAGCAGGGCGACAAAUGUGACGCUUCUGCGUGUAUGUUGUGUGUGUAUCAAAAUUUUGCAGCAGAGGAACAGGCAACAUUAAUCACAUUACAGCCGCUGCCGCUGUCCGAUUGUUAUGCAAGCAGUGCAGCAGCCACCCCCACACCCACCUGUAUUGUGCAGCAGCAGCAGCAACAGCAAUCAAUAAGCCGGUCGCCAUGCUGCUCAACCGUCUCGUGUCGGCCAUUAAAAAUCAAUCGAGGGAAACGCUGCGCGCCUGGAGCUAUCAAUGCGAAUCGAUAGUUGCGCAGCGUUCGCGUCGCUUGCAGCAACUGAUCAGCUUCUAUCAGUCCGUCUACGGCACCCAGGGCUUGAAGCAGCUGUGGCGCUCCUAUUAUCGCCGUGAGUUGCAGCCACCGCUACACGGUUUCAUGCUCAGUGCGGUGGGCAUUAUGGGUCUGAACAUGAAGCAGCGGGGCAUCGACGGAUUUGACUGGAGCAAGGAGCGAUUGUCGCUCGCCAAUUUCGAUUUGUGCCAGCGCGAUAUUGAGUUCAUCAAUACACUGCCGGUGAAUCAGCUAUGCGACAGCUGCAAGCUCAAGAAGAUGAAAUUCUGCUACUGUUUGCUGGGCAAUCAGCGCUGUAAGAAAAGCGGCGGCGUCGUCACUCCCCAAAAAACGGACGAUCAGUCGGUGAGCAUCAGCAAUUGCCGGAGAUCUUUACAUAUGAAUGGUAAUGCACCAGCUGGUCAAAUGCUUAUACAGUCGCAGGAGGAUCGCAACUGGGAGCCGUAUUUCAGCAAAAAUGAAUUUAGCAUUUGGCGGCGAGAGGAGCGCUCCUCGCUCUAUUCAUACAAGGUCUAUGCUCGAUUUGAUGAUAUCACUGCCGAUGAUUUUCUGCAUGUACAAACCGAUUUGGACUAUCGCCGGCAGUGGGACGAUACGGCCCUGAGGCUCGAGCUGAUUAGUGAGGAUCCAGUGCCCGGCAGCAAUUCGCAUCUCAUCUAUUGGGAGAUGCAGUGGCCGCGCCUGUUUGCCAAUCGGGAUUAUGUGUAUUGCCGGCGCUACCACAAGGAUGAGUCGAAAAAAAUGAUAUUCGUUUGUAGUCGGGCUGCGGAGCAUAAGACAUAUCCAGCCAUUUCGGGCAAGGUGCGCGUCACGGACUAUUGGAGCCUGAUGGUCAUCAAGCCAUUCCGUGGCUUUCACGAGCCCGGUCUCCACUUUGUGCUCACAUAUUACGAUGAUCCAGGCAUACCCAUACCGCAGAACAUCAAGUCAUGGGUAACGCAAAAGCAAAUGCCCGAAUUCCUAACCAAAAUGUAUGUGGCGACCAAGAACUAUGCCUGCUCGCGUGCCCUCAAGAUGAAAGAUAUGUUCAAUAGCUUUACCCUUAUCAACGAUGAGUACACGGCGAAUGAUCAACGCGGCAGCUGGCUGGGUAGCCUCAGUCGACAUAGACGCAAGCUCAACAGUGACACAAAAUCCGAGCGCUAAGCGAUCGACCAGCAAUCCAGCCCAGAUAUCCAGACAGCAAUAAAAAAACAAAUCUGAACGAACAACGACAUCAAGAGAAGAAAAGAAAGUACAGCAAUGAAAAUAUACCAACAGAAAUUUGAUUCGGCCUUCUUACCAUCUUAUGUUGUAAUAUAUUUUUAACUAAAGAUUUAAAAUAUUAAAGCAUUAUUAGGGAUUAUAAAGUUUAAUGGAACUGUACAAAAAUUAUAUUCAUCAAAUGUGCAAAAUUGUGCAAUAAAACAGCAUUCGCAACUUGGAGGCAUUUAAAAUGUUGAAUCUAUGUGCCACAAGAAAGAAUACAUACAUGUA